AUGGGCAAUAAGAAUGAUGAAUUACCAAAAAAAAUGGAGCAAUAUAAUGGUAAUGAGAUGAAAAAUGUCAUAUCUCCAGAAUGGCUUGAAAUUUGGGAUAUGUGCCAUAUUUUGGUUAUCCAUGAUGAAGUUUAUUUUUAUGCUAAUAAUAAUAAUUCAUCCUUUUGGGUAGAAGAUAAUGAGUCUAUUAUCAAGAAAAAAGGCCAAGGAUCAUCAAUUAUGGCUCGGGUUAUUAUAAAAUCGAGACAACAAGCUGAUAGUUAUUGGAAAAGUGAAAAUAUGAUUAAACAACUUCGUGAAAAGGCAAUUCCGAUUUUUAAUGCACUCCACCUAGGAUGCAUAAGCAAAAGUACCAACCAUAAUGCAUAUGCAUUUGAUGUGCUCAUGUGUUCCAGGAUGACUCUAUAUCCAAAAGUUGAGAAAAAAUUUGAAUUUAAAAACAGCUGGUGCAUUCGUAAUUAUGAAAAAAUUAUACAACCUAUGUUUUUUUUGGAUAAAAAGGAUGGCAUUGUAAAGUUUAAAGGAAUCAAAAAGAAAAAUGACGAAAAGGUUUCAAAUUGUUGUGCAAGACAUACACUUAUGAUGAAACCUGAUUUUUCGAAACAAAAAACUUCGAUCGCAGAGACUGUUGAAGCUGCUGGGCAUAUUUUUGAAUUAUACCCAAAUUUCACUAUGAAUGCAACUUCAUUGAACAUUUUUGGGGUGCUGUCAAACGAAUUGCCUAUCAACAAUGCUUGGAGAUAUAUUGAAGCAUAUUCAGCAGAUUUAGAAGAAGAAGAUGCAAAGAGGGCU